UUGAAAAAUUACUCUAGUGGCGGUAAAAGUGAUAAAAACAACAGUGACUGUCAGUGUCAGUGUCAAAUUAAUUGAAUAAUAUUACAAUUUACGGUUACGGGUCAACUACAUUAUAAUAUAUCCAACCAAUCUAAGAUGGCCAGUUUAGAGGAAUAUCUAUUAUUCAACUUAUUAAACAGUGAAGAAGAUAGUGAAGAUGAGAACAAUUUACCCGCGCCAUUAGCGAGGCGGCCUCAGGUGCCGGCUCAAGCAGUCAUUGCAGCUUUCCAGCAAACUGAACAAAAGUUCAAGAAAAGCUACAGGCUUACAAAGGGGCUGUGUAGAGACCUUAUAGAGAAAUUGAAACCCUACAUAAAGGAUGCCGAAAGGACAUCUGAUUUAAAUGUAGAAAUAAAGCCUUUCUUCUUUUUGCAGGUACUAAUUGCGCUGAAUUUUUUAGCCACAGGGUCAUACCAAACACCCGUGGGCCAACACUUGUCCAGAAAAGUAUCACAAUCAGCUGUAUCAAAUUCCAUAUCAGAAGUGGUUGCAGCACUCAAUCAUAGGGAUAUAUUUGGCCAGUUCGUCAAGUUCCCAGCUACGUUAGCAGAGUUGAACCAAAUAACCCAGCAAUUUUUCAAUCUCUAUGGGCUGCCAGGCGUCAUAGGAUGCAUCGACUGUACCCAUGUGGCCAUUGUUCCCCCCAACAGUGACGAAUUUGACGAGAGGUCAUAUGUAAACAGAAAAGGAGUGCACACUAUUAAUACACAACUGAUUUGUGAUGCUAACAUGCGUGUUACAAAUGUAAAUGCAUUGUUUCCGGGGAGUACCCACGACUCAUACAUCUGGAACCAAAGUGCUGUGCUGCCACUGGUGGAAGGGUUGCACAACAAUGGGCACACUAGUUACUACCUCAUAGGUGACAGUGGAUAUGCACUAAGGCCCUGGCUUCAUGUACCUGUGACGGAGCCUGCCGAGGGAACCCCGGCAUACCGUUACAACGAAACAUUUAAAGUUGCUCGAGCAACUAUCGAGCGCUGUAACGGACUGCUGAAAGGCAGGUUCCGUUGCUUGAAAAAAGAACGAGGACUACAUUACGAUCCAGAGAAGGCCACAAAAAUUAUAAACGCCUGUGUUGUACUGCACAACAUCUGUGUCAUGAAUAAUGUGGCACUAGAUGAAGACGAAGAGGAAGAAGAUUAUAGAGACCUUGGGAUGGAAUUGCUUCCUCCCCCUCCUCCCAAUCAUCCAAGAGGAAGGCUAAACCAAGACCUUUUGCGUGGUCAGGCCAUGCAGAAUUAUAUAAUUAAUAAUUACUUUUGAAUAAAAAAACU